ACACACCGCCUUUGAACUGGCAACCUCUGCCAUGCCACUUCACCCUGCGACCUCAGCAGGGUCGCACCACAUUUGUAUAACAUAUGUAUAUAUAAUACGCGGAGAGCCCCCACCGUACGGAUGCUGCUCUGCUCUUUCUUUGCUUCCCUCAUUAUUUGACCACCGCAUUUGGCUCUCUUCAUAGUCUCUCUUUUUUUUAUACGAAUAGACCUUGUGAAGUUCUCAGCUGAAGGAAGAAGAAAGGAAGGUACCUGCCGCCGGGCAACGGAUUAGAUUUCGAAUUUCUUGAAUUGCCGGCAUGGGCAAGAAGAAGAGCAGGCAUGAACUCGGAGGAGGGGAGGAGUCGUCUCCCCGGGGUGGAAGAAAGAGAGGCAGGCCUCGCAAGGCGGCAGCAGGGGAGGACGACGACGAAGAAGAAGAGCUGAAGGAAGAGGAAUUAGACCGCAAGGAGGAAGAGGAAGAUGAUGUUAGUGCUGAGGAGGAGGAAUUCAAGAGGAGGAAAAAGAAGAAGAUAAAUAGAAAAGAAAGCAGAAAAGAAGAAGAAGAGGAGGAGGAAGGGAAGAAAACUGAGAUCUCUUCCUCCUCGGCUGCUGACAAGAAGGACGAACCGAGAAGGAGGAGGAGGAAGAGUAGACGGCCUCGCAAGAGUGCUUGAUUCUACCGAAUCAAGCUCUCGCUCCCUCUACCUCUACCUCCAUGGUUUUUAUCUGCCUCAAUUAUGUUACGACAAAUCUUAGUCACCUGUUUGUUCUUAUCUUGUCUCUCUCUUUUGUUUCCUUCCAUUUCCAUUCUCAUGGAUUCAGUUCCUUCUCUUACCUAAGACAUUGUAGCAGUAACUAUUUUUUUUUUCAACUUCCUUCCCCUGUAAUUUCUGGUCAAA